AUAAUAAUAUACCAAUGUAUUUAUCUUACUAAUAAAUACAUUUUUAAUAAAUACAUUACUAAUAAGUUAGCCAUACAAAUUGAAAAAAAACUUCAGUGUUGGGCUCAGGCAGGGUCAGGGAACACAUACACCAUGUGCAGCAUGGAGGACAAAGUAAAUUAAUUAUUUCAGAUAUGGAUGUCAAUGUGUUGAGUAUUUUCCACCCCAGACUUACUCUACAUAUAACUCAAAAACUGUCUACAUCCAGAUUAUGUGUUCUCUAACAAUGUAAUCUACACCUAGCGUCCACAGUCAGGUAUGUAUUAUUAGUCAGGAAUGUAUUAUCAUGUUCAAACAUUGCCCACGCAGUGCUUAUGCAGUUCCUUUCAUUCACAUAAUGGACCUUAACAUCAGCUGAAGGACUGAGACUCACACUAUGGGGGGAGCACUUUUUUGGUUUUAUUCAACUAACAGACAGACGUAGGCAGGAAGAGGAUGGUAUAAAACCCUGAGGUGAGUCAAUGAGGUCUCUAUUGCAGAAGCUCCUGAGGUGAAGAAGAACAGAGCUAGGAUGAUUCUGAUUAUUAAAUACGCUGGGGCAACCAUCCUUUUGCUGUCAGUUCUAAUUCAAACUGGACAACUUUAUCUAAACAAUGACAUCACUAACUUUGGCUGUGAGGAGUGCAAACUCAAGGAGAACAACAUCUUCUCAAAGCCCGGCGCCCCUGUGUAUCAGUGCAUGGGGUGCUGCUUUUCCAGGGCUUACCCGACACCUCUCAGGUCCAAGAAGACUAUGCUGGUCCCCAAGAAUAUCACAUCAGAGGCCACGUGCUGUGUUGCCAAAGAAUUCAAACGGGUCAUUGUCAACGAUGUAAAACUAGUGAACCACACAGACUGCCACUGCAGCACUUGCUACUAUCAUAAAUCCUAGAUAUCAAGCCUUCAAAGGCAUACUUACAUGCUGACAAGGCAGUCGAUGCUUGCUUGGAUAGUAUUGUGAAGAAGUCACUUGACUGUAAGUUAUAUUGCAAAAGGGCAUUGUUGCUUGUGUGCAGGCUAAAUGUUCUGUGCUUAAAAUUUCAUUUGUUAUCUAUGUUAAAUUGUUAUUCUCAUCGUUUUAGAGAACUAGAGGAAAAUCUAUGAUGACUAUAUGUGAUCACGUUUAGUUGGGAAAUUCUGGUCUUAAUUCCAAUCAUGGAUUUUCAAAAUAAAGCCUCUGCUGCAACCAGC